UUAUCGGCAGCUGCACAAAUGACUUCACAGAUUUAUAAUCAAAAGAAAUUCAUACCCACAGCGCCGGAAAAGGGCAGUUUUCCGUUGGAUCACGAAAGCUUGUGCAAAAAGCACUUCCUUCUUUACGCCAGCUGCUUGCGACGGAACGAGAACGACAACGCUAAGUGCCGCGAAGAGGCCAAAGAGUACCUGGGUUGCCGAAUGGAGAACAACCUGAUGGAGAAAACUGACUGGACGAAAUUGGGAUUUGCAGAGAAGAAACCACCGGCAGAGCAGAAACAAUAAUGAUACCA